UUCGUCAGAAUGUCGUCGGUAUAAUGCGACGAAUUACCGAGGACAUUUCCAGACUUUAAUGAAACUCUUUGUCGUCGCUAUCUCGUCGGUAUUUUGCGAUGGAUUUCCGACGGACCAAUAGAAAAAAAAAAAAAAACUAAUCCGAAUCUUCUGAAUCGGUCAGAAUUCCGUCCAAAUUGUCCGACGCCUGUGACGUCCGUCGGAAUCUCCGUCGGAAUUCGGCGUGUUUUCUCGUAGUGAUCAUGUAUUGUCUCAAGAGAUGCCAUUCAUUUACAUCAGUCUUUUUGCCUACCUGUCUAGCUCUUGCCACCAUUCUAUAACCUUUUUCCGUAUACUCAAAAUGUAUGCGUGUGUGUAUAGUCCAUAAUCAUCUUAUUUGUGAAUUUAGGUAAUUAGAGUCUAAUAUUCUUACAUUUACCAUUACUUCUCACAGUUAGAAAUAUAUUACCAUAUGAUAUACACGUAUGCAUUUGUUUAUGUAUAACCUUCGUUUUGAAGGAGACGGAAAUGACAUUUUUGAUUGAGAAUGUGAUAUUGCAAGUGUGAAGCAGCAUUAUUGUUACUCACGAGGAAAAGUGCAGGUAAAGGGAUAAUUUCUAAAAUCCUAAUUUAAGAAAAUAAUGAUGUCUAAUUGUGUAUUUUGCAUCUAAUCAAAUCUACACAUUUGAAUAUAUAUUGGCUCUUCUUGUUUUCACUUUAUAUUUCUUAAUUUGUUAUUUCCCUAAAUAUCCACUUUAUUCUCACUCAUUUUUCAUCAUGGCCAACACACAAUCCACCUAUAGGCUAAAGUUACACCUAUACAGAUAUGUACGUACACGAUAAACAUUAUAUAGAAAGUAUUCUAAGUAACUCUAAGCAUCUCAUUUAUAAGUUAUAACUACUUGUUUCUUACCUUCACCAAAUUACUCUCGCACUAGAUAUACACUGACGUUUUUGAAGACGCCUUGUCACAUGCACCAACCAAUAAAAAUAUACUAUUUUCAGUUUGGAAUCAGAUAUUUGAGUUUCGCUUAAGCCUCCAGCUAAUCUCAGAUGUGAUCAAGUUUUCGUAAGAAAUAACUCGCAAACCUAUCACAUAUAAAGCACUAGCACCAAAAUGUAAGGAACAUGCAUUGUUUUUUAUAUUCUGUGAUGCAUAUAUAUUUAUAAUGUUGAUAUAUGUAUAUUUAAAAGAAUAUGAAGGAUAUAUGGAAUAUAAGAUUGUAGGGUGAGGCGUACGAGAGAUUGAAAAGUGAGGAUAACAUGAUUUUGGAAGAGAAGAAAUGAAUGUUCAAGAAGUUUUUCCCAAGAAUUCACAAAUUGGUGUGGUGGGCACCUCUCAAGGGAAGAAACAAAAGUGUGUUAUGACUCCAUUACUAUCUUUCAUUAUUGUUCUUCUUCUUAUUAAAAUUUUAAUUUACUGGCAAUCAUUAUUAAUACUCAGUUUUGGUCAAAUCAAGACAAUAUAUAACACUCGAUGGCCAUCUCUCAGCUAGGUUAUAGAAAUAGAUUUUUUGCAUUACUCACUAUUCUUAUCAUCAGUUAUAAAUUGUAUGUCAGAUGUAUUCGUUCAGAAACUUAGUCUCAACUUGAACCAAAAUCCCUCCUAUCACUCUAUCAGUCAGUCAUAUAUAUAUUUCUUCCUCGCCUAAUGUUUAAACUGUUUGGAAAGUUAUUAGGUUAAGCGAAGAGCAUAUAUCUAUAAUAACAUGCUCGUAACUUGCAGUUUAUUUUGAUAAAACUUGUUGAUUAUCUUUGUUUAGUUGUUAGAUUUUUGUUCCGUCAUGAAUAGUGUACUAAACACAAUAAUAUAUAUAUAUAUAUAUGAUGUCAAAAAAAAAAAAAAAAAAAUAUAUAUAUAUAUAUAUAUAUGUUCGCACGCAAAUGUGUACAAUGUCUCUGUCAUGGACAAAGUCAGUUACCUGCAAUGCCAUAAUUGUUAAAUUCAAUCACGUGUAAACUUAAUUUGAAUCUAAUACAUAUUUCUUGGUCAAAACAUUAUAAUACGUAUUUCAGAAUCAUGAAUAAUAUGAAUUUUAUUUAGUAAAAUAACAAAAAAAUGAAGCGCUAACAAAAUAAGUAUACAUUCAAAAAUAAAAUAAUAAGUAUAAAAUGCAAAAUCGACAAAAUAAUACAUUUAUAUUAUAUAUAUAUAUGAUAUAUAUAUAUAUAUAUAUAUAUAUAUAUAUAUCUUUGAUUUAGUUAUCCAACUAAUUUACAUCUUUUACAUUAUUAAUAAAAUUUAAAUUAGUACUUGUAUAUAUACUUUAUUAAAAAUAAAAUAAUAAUUACAUAUAAAUGAUUAAGGAUAAUUAUUAUUUUAUUUUUAAAAAUUGUCAAAAAAAAAUUAUCUCAAAACUAAAUUUGAACUUUGCUACUGCGUUAAAAUAAUCAUAAAUCACCGAAUAUUAUUUUUGUCAUCAGUUGGAUUGACAAAUCCCAAUUCCUAUGUUUUGAUAUAGUUAAAUUCUGAUGAAAAAUAAUGGAGAAAUGGACAAUUAACCACUUAACUAAAUACACUUCUUCUUCACCAAAUAUUAGCUAAAACAUUAUAUAUUAAAUAUAAAUAUACAUACAUAAAGAUUUAUAAAAUACCUUGUAAAAAUUCUAUUGUCUCUAUAAAAAUACUGUAUUUUCCUAUAGGUGUAGGGAAAAAAUUAUUUACAUCUUUUAUUUUGGUUUUCACUGAAAAACUAUAAAGCAAGCAGGAAUUUUGAAUUAUAUAGUAUAACUAAUAUAAACUUAAUAAUAAGUAAUAUUUCAAAAAUUUUAAUCAUAAGCUAAAGGAAUUUAUAACCUAAACGAAUUUAAUUGUAUUUUAUUUUCUUAUCAUACAUGUACAAAGAUCGAAAUGUGAUACUUGCAACUAGUUGCCUUUCUUAUUUAGUUAUUUUCGUUAGCAACAUUUUUAUAUUAAAAAAAAAACUAAUAUUGACGAAUCUAUAGAAGUACAGUAUAAUACACCUGGAAAAAACGAAAUAUCCGUUUUCCAUUAGAAAGUAAAUAAAUGUAGAUGCGAUUCAAGUAUUCAACAUUGAUUUUAAAAUAAAUGAGAAUCAUGCUAACUAUGUGCAUUAGACAGAGACUUUAAAAGCCUUCCCUUAGAAAGCCUCCAUUUGAUUCCAUUCCAGUCCCGAAGCAAAGUUUCAAUCUUCACCAAUGAUACAACCGUAGAUAUAACACAUAUUAAAGAUUCUCAUUAAAAAGCUUCCUUCUUUGUUUUUCUUUCUUCUUCUUCUAUUCAUGGCUCUUCAAGCUCAUCACCAUCCUUCUACUAUGUUCUUCCUCAACAGAAACGGCCAAGAAGGGACUGAUUUUUCACCGGACCUGCAAAAGUCUCAGUUGCCUUCCAUCACCGCCGGGGUUGAUAAAAGAAAGCGAGCCAGAGAAGAUUAUUCGGUGAUUGAUUUAGAAACCACGGCGGCUCCGAUGAACCCUCCGCCGUGUACACCGCCGCAGUUUAUCAGCCGUCGACAAACUCCUAAUGUAGUAUCCACCGGUCUCCGUUUGUCUCAGGGACAAUCACAGAGUAUGGAACAACGGUCAUCAUCUUCGCCGAUGAUAGACGGAAAUUUCGCCGGAGAAAUCAAUCGGCAAGCGGAUGAAUUAGAUAGAUUUCUUCAAACCCAGGGAGAGCAAUUGAGGUGCAUGUUAGCGGACAGCAGGGAGAGACACUAUCGUGAGCUUCUGAGAACGAGGGAAGAAUCUGUUAGGCGGAGGUUAGGAGAGAAAGAAGCGGAAAUCGAGAAAGCCACGCGUCGUCACGCGGAGCUUGAAGCACGUGCUGCACAGAUCGAGAAGGAAGCACGUGCUUGGCAGGUGAGAGCAGCGGCGAAAGAAGCCGAAGCGAUGUCGUUACAAGCUCGAUUGCAGCAAGUUGUUGCUCACGGCGGUGGAGUUACGGCGGCGGAACCAAAAUUAAAAAGCGUAGACGGUGUGGAUGAAGCUGGAGACGCUGAGUCUGUUUACGUUGAUCCUGAUCGAUUCGAAUUGAAUGGACCGAGUUGCAGGAUUUGUCGGCGGAGAGCGGCGACGGUGUUGGCUCUGCCGUGUCGCCAUUUGGUCCUGUGUAAAGGAUGCGACGGCUCUGUGCGAGUUUGUCCGCUUUGUCUUAGCUUGAAGAAUUCAAGCGUGGAGGUUUUCUUCUUCUGAUGGGUUUUUUAUUUAACGGGCCUACCAAACUUGACGAUGGCCUUUUAUUAAUUAAAAACAAAAUCUUUAUAUAUAAUUAAAUUCAUCAUUUUGUGAUAAUAUAACCGAGUUAGUUUUUCUUCAUACCUCAAGGUCAAUAAAGGUGAGAGGUUAACAUGUAUAUACUACAUAGCCAUAUGCAGUGGUCUUCUUUUCUUCUUUAUAAUUCAUUUUUGGGAAUUUUUUUGUUUUUUUUUUGACAUUUCCAUAGGAAAUCUCUAGAUGCUAUUUUUUCUCCUAUAAUUUACACUAAAAUAAAGUAAUUCUAUUAUAGUUAGAAAUUUGCUCCAAUAUGUUACCCACUCUAUUAAAGAAUGAAAUAUAAGAAAAUAUUAUAUUUUAUUCUAUAUUUAGAAUAAGAAAGUGACAAUCCUCCAGGACUAUUAGGCUACUUCAGUUUUGUUAUAAUACAUUCAUAUUAUAAAAUAUAUAUGAUUUUAGUUCUUUUUAAGAUAAAAAUAAAUAAGUAAAAUAUAAUAAUUCAGGUUUGAAAUUGUAUAUCCAUAUCAAUACAUAACUGGUUAGAAUCAACACAGAUUCAAACAGACACAAAUUCAAAUCGAAAACACUACCAAAAUUUUUUAUGAAUAUAAUUUUUCUAUGUAUUUCCUUUGUUUCUAAAUGUAGGAUGUUUCAAAAAAAUUUGAUGUUCCAAUAUACUCCAUUCGUUUCAUUUUAAUUGUCGUAGGUUUAUGCACACAUAUUAAGAAAACAUAUGAUUUUGUAUAUUUCCUAAAAAAAACACAAUUACAUAUACAUGAACCGUUUUUCAACCAAUAAAAAAUAAAGUGGAGAAUUUUAGUAAUAAAUUUUGCAUUGAAACUCUAAAACGACACUUAUCUUGAAACGAAUUUUUUUCCUACAACGGCAAUUAAAUCGAAACAGAUGGAGUAUAAGAUGUUCUCAACUUUCUAAGUAACUUUUACUUUAUUAAAAACCGUGUAACUAAUCAUAUUUAAUAAUUUAUUUUUCAAUUAGUUGAAUACAAUUAUUUUAUAGUUUUAGUGAUAUUUUUUAAAUAAAAUAUCAUUUUUUUAAUAUAAGUGUGUGCACUAUAAGCGUCUUCUUCACUCGACCACCAAAUCUCUUUCGAUUUUUCAUCGAUUCGCCCAAUCUAGCUAAAGAUGUCUAGAAUACCAGCAACUGCAUAUGUUGGCGCGACACCACCACCAUCAUCAUAUCUUCUUGGAGCUCUUUUCCGGGUACGUACUUUUCAAACUUCCAACAAUUAUAGAAUCUUCAACUUUUGCGAUGUUUUUUGCUUUUCCCUUCAAAUAUUUCAUGGCUCGCUCACACUGAUACAUACAUCUGUAAUGUACAGGUCCACGAAGCAAUGCCUCAUAUGUGGACAGUUAGAUGCUCCAUGACGUCAAAAAUUCCGUAGGAAAUAUCUUUUCCAAGUUGCACAAUAAGAUGGGAAUGUUCUCGUGAAGUUGUUCCACGACUUCUUCUUUAAGAGUGUUUGUGCUUAGAUCUCUGAAAAAUACUCUAAUGUCUUGUACAUAAAUUCCAAAAACAAUUAAACACAUUAGUAGUCAUAUAUUAUUGCAAACUAAACCAUUAAAAAAUUAAUGCGUUAUAAUAUACUACCUGCAAGUGCUUCAUAUACGUUUGUUGGAAGUAGCUCCGCAAAUGCAAAAGGAAGUAGUCGUUGCAUAAAGACAUGAGAAUCAUGACUCUUCAUCCCGGAGAACUUUUGACCCUUUUCAACACAUCUGAAGAGAUUUGAAACAUACCCAUCGGGGUUCUGAUGCCACCCAGUUGAACAACACCGACUUUUUUUCUUAAGAUAAUAUGGAUAUCGGAAUGGAAACUUGUCCAUUGCUUUUUAUAUGUAAUUCACUUCUUGAGCAAAUAUCCGGCAAGUCCAACCUCGAUUUUAUGUUGUCUUUUGUCUUUCCUAAGACAUUUAAUAUCGUUUUCAUGAUGUUCUCACAUAAAUUUUUCUCUAUAUGCAUCACAUUGAGGUUGUGGCGCAGAAGAAGAUCCUUCCAAUAUGGUAACUCCCAAAAUAUACUCUUCUUGUGCCAGUUGUGCCGAACACCGUAAAAAUCAGGCAUAUUACCGGGGACAUGCCAAUUACCACCACAACGAACUGUUUCGUUAGCUCCGUAGUAAUCGAUUUGCGUUUCAAUUUGUUCUCCAGUUAAAUAUGGAGGAGGAGUGUCUCUCACAACCCUUUUGUGCCUAAACAAUUUUUUUUUCUUCCGUACGGAUGGCCAAUGGGAAGAAAUCGACGGUGACAAUCGAACCAACUUGUCUUCCUACCAUUCCUCAGUUGAAACGCAUAUGUCGUUCCAUUACAAUAUGGACAAGCUAAUCUCUCAUGUGUAGUCCAUCCAGAAAAUAUCACAUAGGCAGGAAAGUCACUUAUGAUCCACAAAAGCAUCGCUCGCAUCGUAAAAUUUGUCUUAGUUCAGCAGUCAUAUAUCCUCACCCCUAUUGACCACAAAUCCUUCAACUCUUUUAUCAGUGGUUGUAGGAAAACAUCCAGAGACUUUUUUGGAUGGUUCAGACCAUGUAUUUAUAUGGUCAAGAAUAGCAACUCCCGUUGCAUGCACAUCUCCGCUGGCAGGUUGGAUGGCGUAAGAAAGAUUGGCCACAAUGAAUAUUGUCUCCCUGACAUUCCGAAUGAACUAAAUUCAUAUGUGCAUAAUCCGAGAUACACAUUUCGGCUAUUGCUAGCAAAUUUUGGAUGUACUUUGUAGAUGCCACAUCCUUUGGUACGGUACCCUAUUACGUUAUCGUCCUUGCGGCUUGAACCGUGGCUUUUUACAGAAUCGACAUUCUUCUAACUUCUCAUCAUCUCCCCAGUAGAUCAAAAAAUUGUCGAUGCAAACUUUUAUCAUCUCCGAAGGCAACCCAAGACUAUAAACUAGUUUCUGAAUCUCUUAAUAAGAAUCAGCAGAAACAUUGUCUUCUGGCAAAUACUCUUUAAACAAGUCUGCCCAUUCAUUCAUGCAACUUUCAGGUAGAUGGUGAUAAGUUUUAAUAUUCAUCAUUCUAGCAGCCAACGACAAUUUAGAGAUACCUUCUCUACAACCACUAUAAAGUGGCUGAUUCGCAGCAUCUAACAUUUUGUAAAAAAAAUUUGCAUCUAUGUUAGGUUCUUCAUCUUCAUCAUGAGUUACGAAUGCAUCAGCUACCAUAUCAUGAACCCUAUCAUAAUCUACCAUCUGCUCCUCCUGAUGGUAAUUAUGUUCAUUACGCAAAUGAUGAUCAACCGGUUCUUCCUGAAAAUUGAUAUUACUAGCUUCAUUCUAAUAAUUAUAACCUUUUCCAUGUUGAAACCAUAUAUAGUAAUUUGGCGUAAAACAUCUAUUUAUUAAAUGCUUCCAAACAUUUUUACGAUUUGCCAAUUUCGAAUUGUUGCAUUUCCAACAAGGACAGAACAUCUUACCGCUUUCUUGGACGAGUGGUGUGGAAUCUGAUUGAUGCAUAAAUGUCUCCAGCCCUUCGAGGUAUUUUUUCGUCACUCUCCCGUUAGCAUCUCUGUGUAUAUACAUCCACCUCCGCAACUCGAAAAUAUUUCCGGAGACCAACAUUUUUUUUCUUUCAAGUUUUUGUUUUUUUUUUGUUGUUGAUGUGUUUAAAAUAAUGUUCAAACGUCCAUAUUUAUAGGAAAUUUUCGAAUCUGGUAGUUGAAAUUUUACUAUGAAUUUACGAUGAAAUUUAGUUAGGUAGUCGAAACAAAAAACGUGUUACAACUACAAAGUUGGUGGACUCGAAAUUUACUCGUUAAGUAAACGUAAAAUAUUUUCUCGUAAAAAAGACACUACUGUUACGUCGAGUUUACGAGGAAACAUUUUUUCUCGUAAAACGACGUUAUAUUAUGUGGUUUUUACGAGGAAAUCGUUUCCUCGUCAUUUUACGACGAACUAACGUUAAUUAUAAAUUUUCUUGUAAGAUUCUCGUAAAGUCGACGUAAAUUUACGAAGAUUAGUUUUCUUCAUUAAUUAUCGUCGCUAUAGUUGUGUUUUUUUGUACUAUAUUUUUUUUUUUCUAAACAUCUUAUAUCUAGGAACGGAGGGAGUAUGGCUUACUGGAAAUUGAAAUCGAAUAGAUCUUAUCCAGAUCCAGUACGAAUAUCUAAAUCUCAUCCCUAUGUAGAAGAGAUGGAUACAAACGUCUACAAAGAUUAAAAAUGUCAAUAAUCGAAAGACUCGACUUUUUAAAAAAUUGAUACACAAAGACUUUAACAAACAAAGGGAUUUGUUCACAUUUGAAAAUGGUAAAACAAAGGGGUCAUUAAGUCGGUAAACAUGAGACUGCUUUUGUCUUAAAUCAAAGAAAGUGGAAGACCAACUCAUACCUGCAUAAAUAACAUAAAAUGAUAAUUAUAUAAUUAUAUAGUACUUUCCAUGUCUCUACCUAAUAACUUAAAGUUAAACUAGUUAUGCGUAUAACUUAAAUAUUAAUAUUAUUAUUAAAAAAAACCUUAAAAUUAUGUUUUACAAUAAAGUUAUACCUAUAUACAGUUAUGGCUAAUCGUAAAUCCCUUGAAAUAAUUUAUCUAGUUAUAAAUAUUGCUUACUUAUGCCUAAUCGUACAUCCCUUGAAAUAAUUUUAGUUAUAAAUAUUGCUUACGAAUGGAUUCGUUUAAUGCUUGUUAGAUGUGUUGGUCAAUUCAUUCAAACUUUUGUUAAUGGUAAUAGAGGUUUUAUGAUUUUGAUUUCUAUGACUACGUCUACUAAGACUUCUGUUAGUGUGGAUGAGUCAGAGAUAUAUAGCAGUAAGUAAAUGACACAUAGAGUUUGUUAACGAAGUUUGUUUCUUAUUCUCCGAGACUUUGUCCGGUAUUCAAAUUUACUAGAAUGAGAAAGCAAAUUACAACCAAUUCGCAAACACGUAAUACAAGCAUAACCCUCUUGAAUCAUCGUUCUUUUCUAUAACAUGAACUCUCCAAGGUUAACCAACCUUGAGCUAAACUCCUCUUUAAGUUUCGACCUCCAAGUUUCUGAAGGUACGUCAUCAAGUACUUCACCUAAGUAUGUCACCGAGUACGUCAGAACUUAACGCACACCAAGGAUACCAACGAGCACGCCAACACCAACGUACAUGUUGAUCACCACACCACAACGGACAACUCCGCUACACGUAACGCCAGCACCAACGUCACAACACCAAGUACAACGGAACACUCCGUUAGACACUACGUCACACUCCGUCAGACACUCAACAAGAACACAAUGAAACUUAACAAUGAAAAUCUCUCUCACUUUAAUCUCUGGUGUUUUAUUCUCAUAAAGGCACGCCCCUCCUUAUAUAUAAACCGUAGACUUGCUCUCCAAUUUCAUUAGAUGCACUUUAAUAAACUUUUAUUCCCAUCUAAAGAAACUUUCUAUUCCUCUCCAAGUAACACUUCUUCUCCCAGCAAAGCCUCUUUGCUUAAUGGAAAAUGUCAUUUGUUUUCAACAAGAUAUUCUCUUUCCUUUUCCAAUCUCCACUUACACACGUAAUCACCUUACACAAUCUUCUUGUAAGCAACUUCUCCACUCGACCUCCUGCCGUACACACCUUUUGAUGUACAUCACGAACUACAUCAGAACCUCUCUGGAAAUAUCAUCUACAGCUUCAAGGUGGGUUCUUUAAAAUGUCUGAGUCUGAAUUCGGCCAUGUUCGCAGAUUGACGAAGGAAUAAGAAGACCAAAAGCGUUGGUUUUAUUUUUAUUUUUAUAGAGUAUGUUUUUCUUAAAUCGGGCCUGGUUUAUUUUUGAAUUUGGCUUAGUUUUGGUUUAUUACUAAAAUUUUGAUAGUUGUGGUUCAUUAUUAAAACUUUUAAACCGAAUAAUUUAAUUUUGUGGAGUUAGAGAUUUCGAAUUUUUAAUCUAUAGAGAGAUAAAUGUUAAGCUUAAAUUUUCAUGGGGAACUAGGUUUCGAACUUGUAUUUCGAAAAUAUUUAGAAUAGAGUUAUAGUUUAGGAGACAUAUGGUGCUAUACGAUACUUUUCGAGGAAAUAGCUCGUCUUCCCUGUAAUUCUUUAUCAUAAUUUUGUACCUAUAAACCGUAUUUUUUUCAAUAAUGACAACGUGGAACAUAAUUGGCACAAAACAAAAGACCA